AUGGAGAAGUACUUCACUCCCGUGCAGCUUAAGCAGGGGACCAGGGGCCACAGGCACAGCAAGCCCCACCUCCAUGACCAUCAAGAGAGGGGCCCCGAGCAUGGCAAGAUGGCUGACCAAAAAACGUAUCAACACAAACACCAUCCCCGCCACCACCACAACCAUGAUCAUCAUCACCAUCCUCAUCCCCACCACCACCAGAAAAAGCCAGAUUGGUCAGAGGAUCAGAAUGAUCAUGGGUAUGUUUGAUUACAUUAGUUUAUUAGUUAACUAAGUUCUGAAAUCUUGUCUGGAUGGAACUGUAAUUUCUUGUUUUGGUAUUCAACAUUUUGGAAAUUGUACAUAUUUUGAUGAAUAUUAUGCAGAUGUGACAAAAUGAUCUUGUGCUAGUUAAUUUAACCAAUGCUGCAUUAUAGUAAAGCGUGUAACUCAGCCCUAAGAGUAUGGUCUCUGCCUCAGUGAAAUACUGAACACUGCUGUCAUUGCGUUCUCCUCUUGCAGUAGCAACCAUUCAACAUCAGAGGGCAGCAUUGUCCACCACCAUCACCAUGGCCACAACAAUCACCCUCACCACCAAAAUGAGAAAUCUCAUCCCUCUUCCCCUGACCAUCCUCAUCAUCACCAUCCGCAUCACCAUGCUACAGAUGUGACCUCCCACCCUCAGGUUGCAGCAACCUCAUCCUGCUCCUCCUCUAGUUCCUCAUCAUCAUCUUCCUCCUCUUCCUCCUCUUCCUCCUCAUCAUCCUCUUCCUCCUCGUCAUCCUCUGGCUCUUCCUCCACCUGGUCCUCUCAGACCAGUAUUAAUGAGUCCGUGAAGGAUAACAAACAUCCACUGCAGAAGCCCAAGUACUCACAGUCCUGCACCGACAUCUACAGGGGGAGGAAGGCCAAUGACGAGGAGGAAGAUGAGGAAGAUGACACCUCUCCUUUGAUAGAUGAUGAAGGCCAUCUCCCAAACCAGGAAAAAAAGAAAAAGAAAGCAGUGUCCUCUCAUCAGACCCCUGCCAAUGUCAUCCGGAAGAAGCAGGAGAGUGCUGAAGGGGCAGGAAUGGCUGGAAAAUUCCGCAAGGCAAAGUCAAUGGAGGCACUGUCCCAUUGUAAGGACAGGGAUGGAGAUACAGAUAACAUUGUAGACAAGGAGUUGGAGAAAAGGAAGCAGAUAGCCAAGAAGAACUUAGUGAAGGAAAAAUUGAAGUUCUCUGCCUUUUUGAACGAGAUCACUAGGCAGGUGUUUAGUCCGUACAGACUCACCUCUCUUGGAGUCACAGCUGCUAACAGGCCCAGCAGCCCUGGACAAGCCUCCCUGAGGUCCCCCAAGGUGGAGCACAGAGGGGAGGAGAUGCAAAGACAAAAUAGUAGUCAGCCUGGCAGUGCAAGCUCUAUGACCUUCAGUGUCCGUUCCAAUAUCAGCAGGCAGUCCCGCUCCAGCAAGCACUCUCAUUCCAGCAAGCACUCUCGCUCCCAUCUCGGCAAACACCAGGACCACCAGGACCACCAACACCAUCAGCCUGCAAGAGACAUGCACCACAGUCCCAGCAGCCACACGGAUGACAGCACUAGCCCAGAUAAUAGCCCCUCCUCAUCAAGACAUCACUCCCGUUAUUCAACACCACAGCACCAUCAUCACCAGCAUCGCUCCCAUUCUCCAUUUCACCACCAUCACCAUCACGGAGGUCUUCACAGUCCAUCUCAUCCCCAUGGAGACCACCACAGCCCAAAGCAUCACCAUGUAG